AUGAAGCUCAGGCUGAGAUCGUUCGAAUCCAAAGAAACCCUAAAAAUGGAAGUCCCAAACUCGUGCACGCUUUCGCAACUCAAGCAAACCCUUGCUCAAGCCCUCCCCAAUUCGCCGGCCUUCGAUUCAAUUCGACUGUCUCUCAAUCGGAAAGACGAUCUUGUAUCCGACGACGACAAUUCCCUCCGAUCCCUCGGCAUCGCCGCCGGCGACCUUAUUUAUUUCUCCCUCGAACAGCCGGCGGCGGGUAUGAGCUCGAAUCCCCAGAGUUUCCAUCCCCUGCUUACCGGCUCAAUGAGCUCGAAUACCCAAAAUGCCCUUCCUGAGGUCGAGAAUUCCGAUUUUACCAUCUCCGGAGCGGAUUCGAAAAUGAAAGAAAAUGUAGAUUGUGGUUCGCAAAUGGAGGUAGAUAUGGGCAUGGAAGUUGAUGAGGAUGAUGGUUGUGAAGAUGAUUAUGAAACUGAUGGGUUUGCUGUGGAUGAAGUUGUUGAUAAGUCGUUUUCUGUGCCGGGUUUCUUGAGGAAGGUUUUCAUGGAAGAAUUAGGCGAUGAUGCCGGAAAAGAUCACAAAUUGAUCAUCAUCGCCAUUCAUGCUGUUAUGAUGGAGACUGGUUUUGUAGGUUAUGGUUUUCAUUUUCGUGGUAACGAAUGGCCGUCAAGUCUGUUUAGGGUGUCCUUACAUUACACUCUGCAAGAAAAUCCAAACCUUAGCCCCGCAAAAGUUGCCAAAAGCAUUGUGUUGAAAUUUCAGAGCUUGGGAAAAUUCAUCAAUGUUUAUGGUACGCUAGAAAAGUGCUCGGGAAAAUCCAACAGAGGCACGUAUCGGGUUCAGUUGAAUGAGGAAAAACUGGUUCCAUUUCUGAACGUCGUUUGGGCGAAUAUUAGUGGAGAGGACGUUGGUAAAAUGGACCCAUCCCCCGAAAAAGAGGUGUUCGAAUUUUGGAGGAACGUGAAGGAUAACCUAGCCUUACCUUUGUUGAUUGAUUUGUGUGACGAGUUAGGUCUGCAACUCCCUCCGUGUUUUAUGCAGCUUCCAACUGAUCUCAAGUUGAAAAUCUUGGAAUCUUUGCCGGGUGUCGAUAUAGCUAAAAUCAGCUGCGUUUGUUCGGAAAUGAGAUAUCUUGGAUCGAAUGACGAUUUGUGGAAGUUGAAAUUUGUGGAGGUUUUCGGGGAUGAAGUGAAAGAGGCGCAAGGGAGUUGGAAAAAGACCUUUGCUAGGUUUUGGGCCGGCCAGAAAAGUAGGAAGGUUGGUAGAGCAAGAAUGACGCCGUUUUGGCCCGAGCCGUAUUGGGCUCAACCCAGGAGGAGAAGGUACCCUAACCCUUUUAUGGUUGCUCGGGCUCCGAGAAUCAUUGGGGGCGAUUACGACAUAUCACCCUCAUUCGAGUUGGGCCACAGUGGUGGUAGGGUAUUUGGUGCUGUAAAUCGCCGGUCUUCGAAUUUUUCACCACAAUGUGAUUUAGGGGUUCGAGGUGAUAGGUUUGUGUGA